AUGUUUUUGGGAGACUCAAGUCAAGCUGUUCCGGUGCCCCCUUCGCUGGAAAGCGACGCUGUUGGUGCAGAUAUCUUGGAAUACAUCUAUGGCCCUAAUCAAACCAAGCAAGAACAAUGGGUCUUUAAUUUCACCAAUGUUGUGGACUCCUGGAUACCAUUUAUCCCUCUCGAUGAGCUUCAUACAAUAUUGUUAAAUGAAAGCAGCCAGCUGAGUGCAGAAGAUGUGCUUUUGCUUGCAUGCAUCAAGUUGAAUUCAGACGCUCUCCCCGAAAACCAACCAUUAAACAAGCAGUAUCUCGCUGUUAAAUCAUCGUUCCUGACUAUGGAGAUAUACGACUACUUCAGGCUUUACUUCUACUUCUCCUCUAUGAGUUUGGACAUGGUAUUUUCCCCUCUGCGUAUACAACCCUGGGGGGCUGUGUUCGAUAUUUAG